AUGGAUGUCGAUGACAUUGAAGAUUCUGCGAGUGAUGGUGUACAAGUACCUGAUGAAGACUUCAAUAUGAAGAGCACCGAAUACCCUCUGUCUGUUGGUGACAAUGUAGAUGCGAACAAUGUUGACGAGAUGCCCUUGAUCAAGCAAUUGUUCUUAUCGAAAAGUAUGAUUUAA